AAAGACUGGCCAAUCCAAUCUUUCGUGAGCAUCAUCAUCAUGGAGGCGCGGAUAAGCUGCGUGAACCAAGCGCUUCUCGCCAUCAAGGACGUUUCCGCGGAGGAGCCCACUGGUGUCGAGGUCCUCAACCUUCAUGGCAACUGCAUCCGGACCAUGGAUGGGCUUCAGCGCUUCCCCAACCUCCGCGAGCUGUCGCUGUCGUCCAACUGGAUCGAGGCUCCAUCCUACUCGGCGCUGCGGGGACUGGAGCACCUCACUGUCCUCGAUCUCUCGGCCAACAGACUCGUGACGACAAUGGGCAUUCCAACGCUGCCUGCCCUCAAGGAGCUCUCCCUCGCCUACAACGCCCUCACGGUUCUCGACGGUCUUCUCGACCCUCUCAAGCUGCCUCAGCUGGAGAUCCUGGAUCUUCGCGACAACCAAAUCGCUCAUAUUGACGACCUCCGACCUCUCUUUUACCUCCAGAACCUACGAAGUCUCCGGCUGCAAACAUUUAGCAAGAGCCAAUCGAAUCCUGUGUGUUCGACGACAGCGUACCCCAUCUCUUUGCUCGACAAAAUGUCGGCUCUCGAUGUGCUCGACGACGAAGACGUCGAAGUGCUUCGCGAAAUGGCAGCGCUGGCUAUGCCCCGCUACAACACACUUGCGCAGGCCGUGCUGCGAAGGGCCGACGCAGCCUCGCCCGCAGCAUCGUCUUCGCGCUCCGUGCCCGACGCGCUGGAAACUCGCAUACGGCGCCUCGAAGAGCGCAACCGAUCGCCCGUCGCCAAUAGUCUUCCAAAGCCGCCGGUCUUGACAGAGAUUGAUGCAGAAAUCAACCGCGCAAAGCAAAAUCUUCGCGAGCUUCACCACCAAAGUUUGCGGACGCGACCUCCGCCCAUCAGUGUCUUUGUCGAGACCGAGACGCGUCACGGGUAUCGUGUCCAGACCAAAGACGUUAGCGAUGACGUCGCCCCGCCACCGCCUGCAUCCCCGACAAACCAAACGGACUUGACCGACGACAAGAUUGAGGGCCUCCAGGGCGACUUGGCGGUCAUGACGAACCGGGUGCAAACAGCGGAAGCCAGCGUGCUGCAGCUAGCCGCAGCCAACGCAACUUUGACGGCCAACAUCGCAAACCUCCUGGCGGGCCUUCAGAAGAGCCACGUGGACGCUGUGGAAGGGUUCCAGUCCGACAUCGACCAUAUCACGCAGCAGUUGGUGACAAGCCAAGCAAGCUUGCGCGCGUCGGAAGCACAAGUGGCCCACUGGAUGCAAGAGCACAGUACGCUCAAGAGCAAAAACCUUGCCUUGGAGAUGACUUUGGCUGAAGCAAAGGCUGCACUGGAUGCUGCAACCAAGGCACAUGCGUCCAAUCUUCAAGACAAGACGCACGCGCACACCAUGGUCGUGCAGCAGCUGAGGCGCGAGCUCGCAGACACGACUGCGUCUUUGGAAGACGUUUACGCCAAGUACGCGGCCAAGGAGAAAGAAGUGCUGCAAUUGCGCAAUGCCAUUUUGGCUAAAACGAGCGACCUCGAUUCUGGAACCUUCCGGCACCGCGAAGAAUGGCAGCGCCGAGAGACCGAGUGGAAGCGCCAGGAGCAAAUGCUGCUCCGGCACUCGGCGAUGGCGAUCAAACACCUACAGCAAGCACUGCAGAAAGCGAUGGCCGACGCCAAGGCAUGGGAGCUCAAGUGUUCGGCGGCAACGGCACGUGUUGCAGAGCUUUCAGCAAGCCACUCGACUCUUUCGUCCCAACUCCACUCGAUGGACAAGCGCGUCAUGAAGAUGCAAGAGGCGUUCGAGCGUCAAAUGACCGAGCUCCAAGAAACCAUCGAUCAUCUCGAGCACCAAGUCGACGAUGAGCGUUCGCAGCGUCUCGCCGCUGAAGAUGCAGCAACCAGCGCGCUAUCCAAGUCCGCGUCAACAAGCGACACCAUCGAAGCGCUCGAGGCACAGCUGCGUGACGCCAACGCACUCGUUCAAGUCAAGAACGUCAUGCUGGACGAUCAAAGCCGACUUCUUCUGGACGCACGCCGGGACAAGGACGCCUUGGUCGUCGCGUUGGACGACAUGCGAGGUCGCGUGGAAGAGUUGGAAGCAGCGCUUGACGAUAGCCUCGCUGCACAGGCCGACAUGGCAGAGUACCAGAGAGAGGUCGAGGCGCGUGCGGGGCAAGUCGAGUCGGAAGCCGCGCGGCUGCAAGACAUGGAGCGUAUUCAAGAGGAGCUCGCGACAAAGGAGGCGGCGCUCGAGUACCUCGAGGGUGAACUCCACCACCUUCGCAAGACGGUCGCCAAGCAAGAGGCUCGGAGCUCCGAAAAGAUCGCGCAACUCGAGACGUCCCACGCAGCACAUCAGGCAGAGCUCAGGACGCAGGCGGAGACGCUCAAAAGUGAGAUUAUGAGCCUCCAAGCCAAGCUCCAAACCGCAGCACAUCAACUCCAAGCCGCGAAACACCAGCACCACAACAUGCAGAAGCGGUUGUACGAGUACCAAACGCGCCUCCAGUCGACCGAGCACGAGAUGAAGGUUGUCCUCCUUCAGAUGGAGAAGGAGCGUGAUGCGAAGCGCCAGCACAUGGACGAGAUCGCGCGUCUCGUGCAAAAGAUCCACGACGGAGCACCCUAGAGAUGCAUGUUCUGUCUAUUAUACACGUCUACGCCGAGUCCGAGUCGCUCUGCUGGUUGGUCGGCCGC